GGCGCAUUCUUGUAAAAACUCAGUUCGCUCGCUACGCGGUUAGCGAUCACACGUGUUGACAGUUGCGGACGCCUUGUGAAAAUUAUACAUGAGAUUACAUUCUCAAGAUGAGUCGAAAUAUUUUCGGACAUAGAAUUGAUAGUCAGUGCAAACAAAUGGCGUUUAACGUAUAUGAAUAUUUUAGAAAAAAGAAACUCGACCCAAAUUCUGAUGAAUAUAAACAAGAUAUACCUUUAAAUAAAACUGUAGCAGAAGUUACUGGACUAUCAGAAAAGACUGUAUCUAGAAUUGUACAACAAGGGAAAGCAUUAAAUGACAACGAGAGAUUUAAAUCACCGAGAAAACCAAAACAGGUUCGUAGAAAAAGAGUGGAAAUAGACGAUUUCACAAAAGGAGUGGUAAGAAGAAAAGUCACUCAGUUUUACACAAUUUUCAAAAAAAUACCUACUCUGAAAACUUUGAACGCUGUACUUAGAGAAGAGAAUAUAUUACACUGCGGCAGGGAAUAUUUAAGGCUAUUAUUACAUGAUCUAGGUUUUAAAUUUAAGAAAUGCGGAUCUAAAAGGAAACUCCUUAUCGAACAGCCAAAUAUCACAUCGUGGAGGUGGAAAUACCUAAAUACUAUUAAAAAAUAUCGUAGAGAAGGAAGACAUAUUUUAUACCUUGACGAAACUUAUGUAAACGCGUCUCAUAACGUUUCAAAAUGUUGGCAAUCAAAGGAUGAACUUGGCGUUCUAUCUCAUAUUGGUAAAGGGGACCGUUUGAUCAUCGUACAUUGUGGAGGUCAAAUUGGAUUUGUAGACGGAGCCCUUGUGAUAUUCAAAUCCAAAUGUAAAACAGGUGAUUAUCACGAUUCUAUGAAUUUCGCAAAUUUCAGUAAAUGGAUAAAUGAAAAGCUCAUGCCUAAUAUACCGCAAAAUUCUGUCAUAGUAAUGGACAACGCAGCUUAUCAUUCGGUUCGAGAAGAGAAAAAGCCAACUAUGGCUUCUACCAAGCCAACUAUGCAAGAAUGGCUACGACGACAUAACGUGCCUUUUGAUGAAAAACUUAGAAAGGAUGACUUAUAUAAAUUAAUUAAAAGUAAUUUCACAGAAGAUAUUUACAAAAUUGACGAGGUAUUGAAAAGAAACGGACACGAAGUAUUGCGUUUGCCUCCAUAUCACCCAGACCUGAACCCAAUUGAGUUGGUCUGGGGUGAUAUCAAAGGACAAUUAGCACAAAAAAGUAUCGACUCUAAUUUGGACCAGAAAAAAGAAAUAUUAGAGAGAUUAUUUGCUGAAUAUCCCAAAGAGAAAUGGGAGAAUUGUGUUAAACACGUGAUUAAAAUCGAAGACGAAUAUUGCAAACAUGAUGGAGUCCUAGAUGAAGUUGUUGAUUUUAUUAUUAAUGUGCAAGACGAUUCUGAUGAUUCUGAUGAUGGCUGUUGUGAAAGUGAAGAAUCAAGUUCCAAGGGCUUAGAGAAGAUGCCUGGUUAA